UGUCAUUACAUUUGUCAAGAAGAAGAAUCACAAACUGUGAUCACAAACAAAAUGGCGACGUUGUCGAGCUUGUUACCGGCUCCGGUACAACAAGUAUGGGACCGUGAUGAUGAGCAGAAAGCAAAGCGCGUGGGCAGUGCACUGGUAGUGUCCCAAACAAGUGUUCCGCCUUAUGGUCAAAGGAAAGGAUGGGUACCGAGGGCAGAGGAAGAUUUUGGAGAUGGUGGUGCAUUUCCCGAGAUCCAUGUUGCCCAAUACCCCCUGGGCAUGGGAGCACGUGGAAAGGAGAGUACCUCAAAUGCCUUGGCGGUCCAGUUAGAUGAGUCUGGAAGGGUCAAAUACUCAGCUAUUGCUAGACAAGGCCACAGUGCUGAUAAGAUAAUCUACUCAAAACUAACGGACCUGCUACCAUCAGAAGUCCUAGCAGAAGAUGAUGCGACUCUCCAAAAGCCGACGGAAGAUGACAUUCAAGACAUCACGGAAAAAACCAAACAGGCCCUAGAAAAACUCACGAAUGCCAAGAUAUCUGCUGCUAUGCCUGUCAAAGCCGCUCCUAAAGCUGCCCCAGCGCAGUACAUCCGGUACACGCCGGCGCAGCAGGGAGGCGCUUUCAACUCUGGAGCCAAGCAGAGGGUUAUCCGUAUGGUGGAGGCGCAAUCGGACCCGAUGGAGCCGCCGCGGUUCCAGAUAAACCGCAAAAUCCCCCGCGCGGCGCCCUCUCCCCCCGCACCGGUUCUACACUCCCCUCCGAGACGAGUUUCGGUCAAACAGCAGAGAGACUGGAAGGUACCACCCUGUGUGUCACACUGGAAAAACGCUAAGGGUUACACAAUACCCUUAGACAAGCGUCUAGCCGCAGAUGGCAGGGGCUUGCAACAAGUUCACAUUAACGAGAACUUCUCCAAGCUGGCUGAGGCUUUGUACAUAGCUGACAGGAAGGCGAGGGAGGCAGUGGAAGCCAGGGCUCAGCUGGAGAGGAGACUAGCGCAGAGGGAGAAAGAGAAGAAGGAAGAGCAUCUGAGGAUGUUGGCUCAGCGUGCUAGGGACCAUCGAGCUGGUAUUCGCAACCCUGAGGAUGAGGUGGCGGGUGAGGAGGGCUCCGGUCCCGUACCGGAGGGCGAGCUGUCGGCUGCGGAGCGCGAGAGACUGCGCUCGGAGAGACAUCGCGAGCGACAACGCGACCGGAACUUAGCUCGUGCCGCUCCUGAUAAGAGGUCGAAACUAGUGAAAGAUAGAGAGCGAGAUAUAUCAGAACAGAUCGCUUUGGGUAUGCCCGCCAAAACCACCCAAGGGGGUGAAGGGAUGUUCGACCAGCGACUCUUUAACAACAGCCGAGGGAUGGACAGCGGUUACGCUGACGACGAAGCCUACAACGUAUACGACAAGCCGUGGAGGAAUCAAGACGGCGUGGGCGCGCACAUCUACCGACCCACCCGGAACGCGGACAAGGACAACUAUGGCGGCGACAUCGACACCAUCGCUAGCACCAAACGGUUCGUGGCCGACAAAGGUUUCGCGGGCACCAGCAGCAGCAACACCCGCUCCGGCCCCGUCAACUUCGAGAAAGACGCGCCCAGGGAAGAACCGGUCCGUAACACCCAGCCCGAAGCAGAUUUCGACCCGUUCGGUCUGGAUCGGUUCUUGAGUGAAGCCAAGCGAGCCGACAAGUCCUCCCGCAAGAGGGACCAUCACGAACCUCACGCCAAGAAACGACGCGAUUAGAACACCACUAUGGUACGGCUGAAGUUUGUGUUCAUUCGUUGCCUUUUCAAUCGUUCAUUAGCAAUUAAGUGUUUUUAUACUCUAUCCAUGCAGAGAAGUUACACAUGGUUCUCUCUGUUACGUAAUCCCUUACAAACGACAGAGACAAAAAGGCAGUGGGCGCUAACCAUAUAUACAGGGUGUUUGGUAAUUAGUAUAUAAUGACGACACGUACCCAU